AUGUCAUACCAAGACAGUAGCGAUUCCGAUUCAACUAUCCAAGAAGAGGAUUGUCAUCCUCCACGGUCACUCCCAGUCCCAGAUGACACUCCAAAGACUCGCUUUGACCCCGAGCAAUCUAACUUCCAAUUGCGCCAACAAUUGCAGUCAAAAGCUGAUGAAUACAUGGCUUCUUCUAUAGAAGAAAGUAUAGAACAGACCUCAGAGUAUUCUACAGCUCUUGGUCAACUAG